UAUAAUAAAUAUUUAUUGCCUAUGACUCCAUCCUGAAUUAAGAAAGCUGUUUGUUCUUCCGUCCCAAAUUCCUUCCUAGCAAUAUUCACAAAUCAACUAACAAAUGCACCUCAAGUUAUGGUGUAAUUACUUAAAUACAGUAUAAAGUGGAGGGAGCUCAAUCUUCCUCAGUAUGUUUAUAAGGUACAGUCUAUGUAAAGUAAUCACAGUGUUCUAGUCUUAGAACAUAAGUGCAUACGCUACUGACCAUAAAUUAAUCAUACAUGUACAAGCAGAGACUUUAGUACAGCACAUUCAGUGCAUGUUAUUUAUGCACACAAUUCAUAAAAUUGGUUGCAAAAUUAUAAAGAGAGACACACAAAAAUAAUAGUAGCCCUAGCGUGAGAAAAACUAUCAGUCACAUCUAGCAGUUUAUAUAAAGAUAAAAUAAUACUGAAGAUACUCACAAGCAGUUAUGCUCAUAUAAGUGCAAGUCACAUGAUAGGACUAGAAGAACAAACACAGCUAACAAACUGUCCUGAAACCUAAUGAUGGCUUUAUCUAAGGGACCACUGGCAAGAGCUGAGAAGAUACAGACACCAACUCCUAGGCUACAAGAAAGCAACUGUAUAGCAGCUAUUGACUUUGGAACCUCAUCACUAUCAGUAGCAUAUACCACUCCAAGAACAGGAGGAGAUGUAAAAAUUCUACCACUUUACAGUUCACUAGAAAGAAUCCCUAAUGCUAUACUGAUCAUGAGAGAUGAGCUGGGGCAGCAAUAUCUAACAAUUGAGAUUGGACGCCAAGCACAGACUAGGUACAGUGAUAUCAAGAAGAAAGCUGCUAAAAACUUCAUUUAUUUCGAAAGAAUAAAGAAUUUACUACAGAGAGAUAUAUCAUUAAACCGUACUACUGAAGUCUCUUCAUUCACUGAUGGAGGAUCUUAUUAUCUCAUUGAAGUUAUAGCUUUUAUACUAACACACCUCAAAAAGAUGCUGCUGAAUGAUCAUCUGAAAGGAAACUACAAGUCAAGUGAUUUUGAUUGGGUAAUUACUGUUCCUGCUAUAUGGAAAGCAAGAGCAAGAAGAAUGAUGAGAGAAGCUGCUUAUAUGGCUGGUCUGACUUCUGAUGCUCCUGGUAUAACAAGGUUCACUCCAGUUGGUUCUCCUUUACCACGUCCAGAGGAGGUUAAUCCUGAGAAGCUAUCAUUAGCUCUAGAACCAGAAGUAGCUGCUAUAUAUGCACAGCAUAAGUCAGAAGUAUCAGGAACACCUCCACAGAGAUAUAUGGUAGUUGAUAUAGGAGGAGGUACAGUUGAUAUUACUGUACAUGAUAAGAGUAAUGGGAGAAUUAGUGUAGUACUACCACCAAUGGGCAACACCUGGGGAGGUACUACUGUCAAUGAAGAAUUGUCAAUGUUACUGGAAGAAAUAGUAAAUGAUAAAGGUUUCAAAUCUUUCAUAAAGUCUAAUCCAAUUGGCGCCAAGGCUACACUUAAUAAAUUUUUUUAUGAAGAAUUUGAAGAGCGAAAGAAAAUGUUUGGAAAUGCAAAAGUGGGUAUUCGUGAAAUAGUAUUGACCUUGCCAAACACUUUUGUAAAAUUUUAUGGAAAUGAGAAGCUUUAUGAAGCAAGGAAGCUGAAUAUGCAUUAUGAUCCAGGAGAUGAUACAUUGAGCAUUGAAUACGACCUAUUAGAAGAGAAGGUAUUCAAAUUCACAACAGAUAUGAUCAUAGAGUGCGUGAGAGCAGCAUUUAAGGGCCUGACAGAUCAUAUCGAUACAGUUUAUCUAGUAGGAGGGUUUGGAGGAUGUAAGUUUGUUAGGCAAAGGAUAGAAGAAGGUAUUGCUCAGCAUUGUGGUAUUCUUUUUGAUAAUAUAGAGUGUCCUAUACAACCAGAUCUUGCUGUUGUAUUAGGAGCGGUAAUGUGGAGGAAAGAUCCUAACAUAAUCCAAUCACGUGUUGCUGAUGCUACCUAUGGGACAGGUCUCUCUGAUGCAUUUGACCCAUCAAUACAUGAUGAGCAUUACAAGUUUUUCAAUGAAGAUGGUGUACAACGUUGCGACAAUGUCUUUGAGGUAUUUGUACUCAAAGGAGAAGUAAUUCGACAAGAUGAAGUAUAUCAAACAACAUUGAUACCUUUUUCUCAAAGCUACAUACUAGUUAAUAUUCCUAUAUUCUCUACAGCAGAUGAUGGAGUUCAGUAUGUCAGAGAUAAAGAAGGUAAACAUACAGUACGUAAGAUUGGUGAGCUAAUACUUGAUCUUCCUAAUCCUGAUAAUGUACCAAAUAAAGAGAGAAGAUAUGACGUAUUUAUGGAUUUCAGAGGUACGGAGAUACAAGCAAGAGCUAAGUAUAGUAUCACAGGAGAAGAAGUGAAAACAGUUUGUGACUUUCUAAUCAAACCAAGACUAAUAAUAAUAACAAUAAUGAAAACGAAAGAAUAGUACAUGUAAUGUAUUGCUAGUAACAAUGACUAAAGUGUUUAUUACCAUAAAUGGAGUGACUUUUUGU